UCUCUCUCUCCCUGCCGCUUCGCGAGUAUAAAUACCGCUUCCGUCGUCGCCAUCAUUCGUUUCAUCGCGACUUCCGCUAAAAUUUUCAUCUCGCGGCGUUUCGGCAAAGAUUUCGAACGCUGCUCCUGAUCGUUUCGCUUCUGUGCUUCUGAAACGGGCCGAGAUGACGGUGAGAGACAGUCGGAUCCCCAGCUUCGACGCGGAGAAGAAGAAGAAGGCGCUGCCUUCGCAGCAGCGGGGACCGGCGGCGGCAGAGCUCGCCUUCGCCGGGGCGGGGGCGAGGGGCUGCGACCGGUCGGUCGACCGCCGGAGGCCGAAGGCGUCCGCGGCGGACGCGGAGAGCGGGGGAUCGCCGGUGGAGGUGGAGUCGCCGCGGUCUUUGGCGGGGAAGUGGAUGCGGCGGGCGGAGAAGGAGCUGGCCCGCUUGCACAGCCAGGUGCUGAGGAUCAGAGAGGAGGAUCUGCACCUCGGCGAAGAUAUCGGCGAGGGCCUCAGCGCCAAGGACAAGGUCAGCAGCAGCAGCAGCAGCGGCGGCGCGGCCGUGGCGGUGGCGGUGGCGGCGUCGCGCGCGGACGUCGUCGUCUUCUCGCGGCCGAACUUGCCAUGCUCCCCUCUGAGCGGCAAGGUCAACCCGAUCCAGUCCUUAAGCUGAACAAAACGAGGAGCUGGUGCAGUUACGAGGAGCGAGAAGAUGGUGACGAGAGCUAGAACAACGAGGAUAGCUGGAGAGUCAUGAAGUUUCAAUCCGGUUCGCUGACGUAGGAGCGGGAGACUGCUGAGUGGAUCGUCUUCUGGUAGCCCUGAGUGUAUAGGCUUGAGAGGUGCUGAGAGACGAGAAGAUCGAAAAAGGAAGAAAGGAGGGAAAAGAGAGAUGAUGAUUGGCGAUGUACAGUGAAGAGGGUCAUGAGAAAGUUGUGUACAUGAUGAACUUUCGAAUCCAGCUGAUCUCCGUUUCCUCUGGC